AUGUCUGAUAAGGGGAAGCCAGACAAAGGCGAUAGUGGCUCAGGUGGUGACGGUGAUGUAAAUAGGAGCACUAUUUUGAACCCGCCGUCCAGGGAAGAUAUUCUGCGGUAUCUGGGGUGGCUGAUCUUCUUUGUUGCCACAACAAGUUCUCUGGCGUUCCAGUUACUCAUACAAGCCAUCCAUGAGGAGCAGGAUGAAAGGGAUGUGGCCUGGAUAGCCAGGCAAAGCAAGUACAUGUCCUCUGUCGAUGGUGAGGAUGAAGACUACGAAGAUGACUAUGAUGACUACGACGACUACGACGACGACGACGAUGACUUCUACGACGAUGAUGAUGAGGACGAGGAAUUGGAGAACCUGAUGGAUGAUGAAUCAGAAGCGGAUGGGGCAGAAGAUGAGAUGAGCGUGGAACUGACUACUGGAGCUACCUACUUCUUUGACUUUGGACCCUGCUCCUGUGUUCCUGGCCACCAUUUAAGGAAGGAUGAAGUGAAGUGCUAUAAGAUUUAUGUCUUCCAACACCCUAAUUUCCUGGCAUCUAUACCAACGCAACCUAAGGAACCAAUGGGCUAUAGGUGUGAAAAUGCUGAUGAAGAGGUUGCAAUGGAAGAGGAGGAGGAGGAGGAGGAGGAAGGGGAGGAGGAGGAGGAAGAUGACGAAGAAAUGGGAAACCUGGAUGGAGAGAACAAAAAGAACCCGGACUCUGCAGAGGGCCCCUCACCUUAA